AUGAGUAAAAAUAAUUUGCGUUGUGUUUUCUGGUCUUCGACUAUCUGUACCAAUAAUCAAAUUUAUGAAAUAAUAGAUGAUGCGCUUAUUGAUUGGGAAAAUAAUCAUUCGAUGAUAUAUGAGAAAGAAAAGAGAAUAAAUGUUAAUAUUCCUCCUAAUGCUAAAUGGACACAGAACGGAGUGAUUAUUGCUGGAGGCCACGGGGGUGGGGAUGCCACUAAUCAACUCUUUUGGCCUUAUGGUCUCUUCGUUGAUGAUGAUCAAACAGUGGUAAUUACUGACUGGCUGAAUAAUCGUGUCAUGCAAUGGAAGAACGGUGAUACAACGAAUGGACAAGUUGUUGAUGGUGGUAAAGGCGCAGGAAAUGAAUUACAUCAAUUGUCUUGGCCAACUGAUGUAUUAAUUGACAAAGAGACGGAUAGUCUCAUUAUUUGUGAUCAAGGGAAUCGACGAGUUAUACGAUGGUCUCGUCGUAGUGAUACAACACAAGGAGAAAUACUCAUCGACCACAUCAGCUGUUACGGAGUCGCUAUGGAUGAACAGAGAUAUCUCUACGCCUCUGACACCAGAGAAGAUGAAGUAAGACGAUAUCAAUUGGGUGAGAAGAAUGGCACUCUCGUAGCUGGUGGUAAUGGACAAGGUGAUGGUCUCAAUCAACUCAACAUGCCGAGAUAUCUCUUUGUCGAUCGAGAUCAUUCAGUGUACGUAUCAGACGAGUGUAAUCAUCGUGUGAUAAAAUGGGUGGAAGGUGCAACAGAAGGUACUGUGGUCGCUGGAGGACAAGGUCAAGGGAAUGCUCUGACACAAUUGUCUUAUCCUAAUGGAAUCUUCGUUGAUACGUUGGGUACACUCUAUGUAGCAGACUGGGGGAAUCAUCGUGUAAUGCGUUGGACUCAAGGAGCAAAAGAAGGCACUGUAAUUGUGAGUGGAAAUGACGGAGGAGAAGGAGCAAAUCAGUUGAACCGCCCCUGUGGUUUGUGUUUCGAUCGACAAGGUAAUCUCUAUGUCGCCGAUACGAAAAAUAAUCGUGUUCAACGAUUUUCUAUCGAAUAA